AUGACCAUCGUGAAUUCAGCAAAACAUCUACAAGUUGUGCAUCCGAAAUCAAGUGAUAGUAGUAGAACCGCAAUUGAAUUGCGAAGUGUUUUCAACACAUCAACGUACACCCCCAAGUGCAAACAAAAUCUUCCCCCCGAGCGGGCGAUCAGCUGCUGUGCCAUCAAUCGUGCGACUUACCUGGAGUUCCUGUGUUGGUGGAUGCCGUCGACUGGAGACGGAAAGAAAUUCCCCGAAAUCCGAACCCCCGCAUCGGCCGUGCCCGAACAUUUGGUCCUUCGAGCCGGAUUCGAGGACAGAAGCUCAUCUGGACCAGCAUUGGAAUCCAACAUUCGCCAUCUUCGGAAGCGCAGUAGCAGCUGUGGUUUGUACAAUCACAUCAAGUCAAUCAUUGGUGGUGUGUCCGGUAUUUUUGGUGUCAACAAGUGUGAUUCGAGUGGUGGUAAUAUGGCUAGCAAGGCGGAGAAGAAAUUAGCAGCGGACCUUCUGACGCGACGACGAGCGUGUGCCGAGCGAGAUGUGGUGGAGAAGUUCAUUGCGGAGUACACCUAUGAACGGGAUUGUUGCCAGGUUGCGGUGCGUUUGGAGGCGCUAAACAAGUGCAACGAGCUGUUCCUGAACGUGCAGAAUGAUAUUGAGCUGGGCGAUCACGAAGAGAGGUUUGAAGGUCAUCUAGAGUUUCGGGCGGAUUUUGAGGAUCGAUUCUGCAGGGCGAAAGGUUUUUUGCUGUCCAAACUGGAAAGUAGGGAGCAUCCGUUGAGUUCGACGAUCAUGCACGCAUCGUCUUCACACAACAUGUCUGCUAGUUUCCACCAUCGUUUGCCGAAAAUCGAUCUGCCGAAGUUCAGCGGAGAUGAGUCGCGUUGGAUCUCAUUUCGUGAUAACUUUAUCUCAAUGAUCCACUGCAACGAAGAUAUUCCGAUCGUGAACAAGCUGCAAUAUCUUCUACAGUCACUGGAGGGAGAAGCUAAGAAGCCGUUUGAGUCUGUGGACAUCCAAGCGGACAACUAUUCGUCGACAUGGGAUGCACUGAAGAAGCGGUACGAUAAUAAACGGUUUCUCAGGAAGGAAUUGUUUCGAGGCCUGUACAAUCUCCCAUCGAUAAAGCGUGAGUCAGCACAGGACCUCAACACUCUGGUUGAUGACUUUCAGCGACAUAUCAAGGCAUUGGGAAAAUUGGGCGAGCCAGUAGAGCACUGGGACACUCCACUUAUUUUCAUUCUUUCGAAUAAAUUGGAUGCAGCAACGAUCCGCGCUUGGGAGCAAGAUACUCGUCAAAAGGACGAAGUAAAGUACGACGAGCUCAUCGAUUUUUUGAUCCAACAUGUUCGAAUGCUGAAAUCCGUUGCCAGUGAUCUGCAGCACCGUUCAACAGUGUUGACUGUUUCCAGGGUGGCCGGACAAACACCGAAGAAGCCGUCAGCGAUCAAAUCCGUCGUCAACGCAGCAACAUCCGAGUCACAAUCCAGCACACAACAGUGUCACUGUUGUUCCAAAACGCACCCUUUGCACCAGUGUCCAGCAUUCAAGAAGCUGUCGAUCUCCCAGCGGCGAGAACUAGUUACGAGGCACAGUCUUUGCCGAAACUGCUUCCGUUCAAAUCACCAGGCACGAGCGUGCAAGUCGAAGUUUGUUUGUAGAAACUGCCAAACUAAGCACCACACUAUGUUGCACGAUCAACCAGCCCCGCAACCCACGUCGGCGAUUCAAGGCACCAGUGGUUCACUCAGCCCGCCAGCAAUCAACUUAUCUGUGCAUUCCAACUCGACGGUUCUACUGGAAACAGUUGCGCUUCUAGUGGUCGAUCGGUAUGGAAGGCAAAUUCCAGCACGCGCUCUUCUGGAUUCUGCAGCGAUGUCUAACUUUAUUACGAAGAAGCUGGCGAACGAGCUCGCCACUAGACAAAGCCCCGUGGACAUCUCAGUUGCAGGAAUAGGAGAGUCCGUCAAGCGCAUCAAGCACCAGCUAACGGCCAAGAUUGUUUCCAGGAACAGUGACUUCUCCACCACACUCGAUUUUCUAGUUAUGAGGAAGCCGACAUCAAAUCUGCCCACAAUACCUAUCGACACAUCUGCGUGGAACAUUCCUGAAGUGCCUUUGGCGGAUGUCCAUUUCAAUGUUCCAGCUACGAUCGAUAUAAUCAUCGGUGGAGAGUGCUAUCACGAGCUCCACACCGGCGUUCGCCAAUCUCUUGGCAACGGCUUCCCGUUCUUGGUGGACACACACUUUGGCUGGACAGUUUCCGGCAAGGUAACGACCGGCUCCACCACCGCACCACGAGCGUGCUACAUCUCCGCCGUUGACCAGAACUUGGACUCUACUCUGGAACGUUUCUGGGAGCUGGACACCGUCGAUGAAGGCCAAAACCUCUCAGCAGAAGAACGGAAGUGCGAAGAGAUUUUUGCCAGCACCACCACUCGAAAUCACGAUGGAAGGUACGUCGUACGGCUGCCCCGGACUGAUGAUUCCCAGAUCACCCUUGGAGACUCUCGCAUGAUCGCAAUUCGCCGGUUCUACAGCUUAGAACGCCGCCUACAGCGAGAUGACUCCACCAAAAUGGCCUACCACAAAUUCAUCGAAGAAUACGCACAACUUGAACACAUGUUUAAGAUAGAUCCUGUCGUCGAUAACAAACCACACUGCUAUCUGCCACAUCACCCGGUCUUCAAGGAAGCCAGCACAACCACCAAGGUACGCGUGGUAUUCGACGCUUCUUGCAAGACCACAUCCGGGUAUUCGCUGAACGAUGUGCUGCUCGUCGGUCCGGUCGUCCAACAGGAUCUGCUGUCCAUCACCCUUCGAUUCCGUACAAAGGCCAUCGCUCUUGUAGCGGACAUUGAAAAAAUGUACCGUCAAGUUAAUUUACAUCCCGAUGAUCAGCCCUUUCAUCGAAUCCUUUGGAGGGAGAACCCUUCUGAACCGUUGGAUACUUACGAACUCCGCACCGUUACUUACGGAACCGCUUCAGCUCCGUACCUGGCAACUCGUGUUUUGAAGCAGUUAGCCAUUGAUGAAGGAGAUAGGUUCCCAGUCGCAGCCGAAGCCAUCGAUGACUACUACAUGGAUGAUUUACUAUCCGGUGCCAACGAUCUAGAGUCCGCUAUACAAAAACGCCGCCAGAUGUCCGCGAUGUGUCAGUCUGCCGGAUUUCAGCUGAGAAAGUGGGCUUCUAACAACCGAUCGGCUCUUGUAGACGUUCCAUCUGCAGACCUUGCCAUCGAUCCACUGCAUGACUUGAACGAAGAUCAAUCGGUAUCGACUCUCGGCCUAGUUUGGGAUACUCGAACUGAUAUGCUGCGGUUCAACAUCAACCUUCCACUUCCUGCGUCGGUGCUGACCAAGAGGAAAGUAAUCUCCUACAUAGCGAGGAUUUUCGAUCCGCUGGGCCUCGUCGGACCAGCUAUAACACUGGCCAAGCUGUUCAUGCAAAAGUUGUGGCGACUUAGAUCAGAAAAGGACGAACCGUACGAUUGGGAUCGGCCUCUGCCUUCGAAGCUGCAGGAGGAGUGGAAGCAGUUCCAUGCAACGCUCUACAUUUUAGCCGACAUUCGAAUUCCUCGGUUUGUCAACGGAUAUGCAGAUUGUUCGAUCCAGCUCCAUUUCUUCUGUGACGCAUCUGAAGCUGCAUAUGGAUCUUGUUGCUUCGUUCGUUCCGAGUUUGCAGGCGAAAUCAGAGUGCGGUUGUUGACCUCCAAAUCCAAGGUUGCUCCUUUGGCCAAGAAACAUUCGAUUGCACGUUUGGAGCUAUGCGCAGCUGUUCUAUCCACAAAGUUGUUCCGGAAGGUACAAGGCGCGAUUGGGUCAUCAGAACACGUUUAUUUCUGGUCUGACUCAACCACAGUCCUCCAAUGGUUGAGGUCGCCACCGCAUCGAUGGAGAACCUUUGUUGCCAAUCGCGUUACUGCUAUCCAGACUGGCACUGAAGGUUUCAAUUGGAGACACGUCCCGGGAGUGCAGAAUCCAGCCGACGAACUUUCUCGUGGACUACAGCCCUCCGAUCUUCUCAACCAAGCUCGAUGGUGGAACGGUCCAGAUUGGCUGUCGUCGUCAUCGGAAUAUUGGCCACGAUGUGUUUUGCCGGAGAAUGAUUCACCAGAGGUCGCUGAAGAAAGUCCUUCUGUCAGUUUAGCUGCCACCGUUUCCGAAAAAGAGGAUUUUGCAGACCAGCUGUUCACUCGGUAUUCAACGUUCAAGCGACUCAACCGGGUAACAGCCGCUUGUAUCAAAUACAUCAAGGCACUCCAAGCUGCAGCUAUAAGGAGGAAAAAUCAACUAGUUACGCCGUUCCCUACACCCAAUGAGUUAGCGAUCGUCUACCUUUCAGCUGAAGAUUUAGCCGAGGCAGAUCGUGCGCUGCUCCGAUUAGCCCAGUCACAGCUAUACGCGGAAGAGCUCUCCGAGUUCCAAAAUCCCAAACGUACGAGAAAUCCGCUGUCGUCGCAGCUACGAUACCUACGUCCUUUUCUCUGUGAUGAUGGUAUUAUUCGCGUUGGUGGUCGCCUAAGGAAUGCAGACGUUGCGCAGAGUGUCAAACAUCCAGCAGUUCUCUCGGCUAAGCAUCCACUGGCAAGGCUUAUUACGGAGCAUUACCAUCGAACGCUUUUGCAUGCUGGACCGCAGUUGAUGAUUGCCACUAUUCGCCAGAGAUACUGGAUUCAUGGAGGAAGAAAUUUAGCUCGCCAAACGUACCAUGGCUGUAUGAAAUGCUUUCGGCAGAAGCCGACCCUCGUUGAGCAAAGCUCCGCAGAUCUACCAAAAUCCCGUGUGAUCCAAGAUCGUCCAUUCGCUGUGUGUGGAGUCGACUAUUUCGGGCCCAUUUUUAUCAAGUCACCGAUUCGUCGUCAUGGUCCAACAAAGGCAUAUGGUGCCAUUUUCGUAUGUUUCGUUACGAAGGCCGUUCACAUUGAGUUGGUGUCGGAUCUGUCAACGCCCGCCUUUCUGUCAGCACUUCGUCGCUUCGUUGCCCGUCGCAGUCGCCCGAGGGAAAUUCAUUCGGACAACGGGACAGCUUUCAAAGGUGCAUCGAACGCUCUUCACCGAUUGUACGACAUGCUGAAGAAAAACAGCGAAGACAGGGAGCAGAUAUUCAACUGGUGUGCAACGGAAAGAAUCCAGUGGAAAUUCAUUCCUCCGCGAGCUCCGCAUUUCGGUGGAUUAUGGGAAGCUGCGGUGAAGUCUGCCAAACACCAUAUUCUACGUGAGAUAGGACACACGAACAUGAGCUACGAGGACAUGACCACACUGCUCGCUGAAGUGGAGAUGGGCCUUAAUUCACGUCCAAUCACCCCGAUCCCGACGGAAUCCGAUGAUCUCGAGGUGUUAACUCCAGGACACUUCCUUGUGGGCACCAACUUGCAAGCCGUUGACGAUGUGGAUGAUACUGCAAAGCCCGACGACAACCAUCUCGACCAUUGGAAGCUCACCACAAAACGGAUGCAGGGUAUCUGGGCUCGUUGGUAUCCCGAAUAUCUCGCCCAACUACAAACCCGCGCUAGGAAGGGAAGCAAAUCGGCGGUUCCGGUGGAGGUUGGAAAAAUCGUGGUAAUCAAGGAAGACAACUUACCACCAGCCUUGUGGCCACUAGGUCGCAUCACAAAACUUCAUCCCGGCCGAGAUGGAGUUGUUCGUGUUGUGGGACUGAAGACAGCCAAGCGUGAUGACGUCAUCAGAGCGGUGAACCGGAUAGCCAUCUUACCCACCGCCAGCAUCCAAGACGUUAACCCAACAACCACCGAAGAUUAG